AUGUCUCCCGAGUCCACACUCGUCUUCGAGGGCGACUACGCCGUGCGAAAGCGCGGCUUCGCGCACCUGCUGCGGAUGGAGGUCGAGGCAAUCUACUACAUCAAGACGCACGCCGCCGGGCCCAUCCCCGUGCCGACCAUCAUCGGCUUCUGCCUGGACGAGCAGUCCAAGACCAUCGAAAAGGUCGAGGAGAACUACAUCCGCAUGAAGCGCGUCGCCGGCCACCGCCUCGACGCCGCCUGGCCCUCCAUGUCGCCCGCCGCCCGCGCCCGCACCUGCCAGCAGCUUCGCGCCUACCUCGAGCUCCUGCACCGCCUGGAGCCGGAGCCCGGCACCGCCCAGGUCCGCGCCAUCUCCGGCGGCGCCUGCUACAACCACCGCAAGAGCGAGCCGCCCGCCCUCCGCCGGCCGUUACCACAGCCGCCGAAAGCAUCAUCAACCUCCUCGAUGCCGCAGAUGAUGACGACGACGUCGGCGGCAGAGUUCCGAAGGCCGUUUUUGUGGCGCGCGUGCGUGGACGUGGCGCGCUUUCACAACGCGCUGCCGAAUCACCUGCAGGCGCGGCGCCCCGAAGCGGCGGAGGCGUUCCGGCGGAGGUUCGCGGCGGCGGGCGCGGAGGGGAGCGGGGAGGGGGGCGGCGCGACGGGGCCGCGAAGGGCGCGGCUGACGCACGGGGACCUCUCGUGGGCGAACAUCUUCGUGGACGAGGCGACGGGGGACGUGACGGGCAUCACGGACUGGGAGACGGCCGGGUUCUGGCCGGAGUGGUGGGAGUACUACAUGGCGCUGCUGGGGCCGCGCGGCGAGCAGCAGUGGUGGCGGCAGGUGGUGGCGAGCAUCAUGACCGAGUAUCCGGUCGAGGUGGGCAUCAUGGCCGAGAUGGAGGCCAUGGUGGCCGAGUUGGGCCGUGAGGAGCCCGGGUUGAUGAGGUCUCGGGUUCUGUAUGAAGAUGGAGAGUGA